CUCAGCGCGGGGCAGGGCGGCCAUGGCCGAGGCUGUGCGACCCCCGCGCCGCUCCCGCACUCGCCCCAAGGAAAAAAAGAAAAGAAGCAGCGAGGAGCCCCAGGUACAGGAGCCUGAUGAUGUUUUCCUGCCUCCUGUGGCAGAAGGGUCUUCUCAAGCCAGGAGUGUGCAAGUGGAACAUCCUGGAGAAUUUACAGAAAUUCAGCUCAGAGAUGAAGUAGAAAAUAGGAAAACUAUAAAUGAUGCGUCUGACAUCCCCCAAAGUCAUUUAUCUUCAGCAAAUGAAGGGGCUCUGGCAGUGACUCUGGAGCCUUCCAAAGAUGCAGAAAAGGCCAAAGCUGAUCCUUCCCAGGAAGAAUGUGGGGAGGGUGUUGAGAAGAGCGAGAACAAGUUGGACAAAACUCAGAGCCCUGCGGAGGCAGUUGCUAGUGGAUCUAGGAAUUCUGAUUUAUUGGGUAGUACCUCUCAGUCCAAUGCUGCUCCCCCUCUGUUAGUGAUGGGCUUCGUACAGGGCAGAAGAGCUGAAAACCGACAAGACUUUAGAGAUCCUCUUGCCUGCUCUUCAGAGAAGCUUCCUCUCAGCACCUCACAGCGCUCUGAGAAAUCCAAGUCGCGCAUUCUGCGGCCAAUUUAUCCAGACCUGUCCUUGGAGCUGUCCUAUGAGAAACCCACCAUCAUGGCAGUGAAGCCCCUGCUGCACCACGAGAGGCUGUACCCAGAGCUCCCCUCCGAGCCAGAGCUGGUGCCAUUCACCAGGGAGCAGCUGAAAAUCUUUGAGCCCUGUUCGUGGCUGGAGAAUGUUGACUCCUAUGCCGAGGAAUUUGAGAGUGUGGCUCACCAGGACAGGCAUGAGUUCUACGAGCUGCUCCUGAACUACAUGCGCUGCAGGAAGCAGCUGCUGUUGGCUGAGGCAGAGCUGCAGGCCAUGACAACAGACUGCCAAAAUGUGAAGGGGAGAUUAUGGACUUUCAAGGAACAACAGAAGACUGUGCAGGGUAUGUGUGCAGAUCAGUGCAAGGUGACAGGUCACCACCGCUACCAGACAGUGGAGCUGAACGAGAGUGUGCUGGGGGAGCUGAGGAAGCUGUUUGAGGCCAAAGCAGAGCAUGUACACCAGACCCUGGCACUGCACUCCUACACUUCGGUGCUGUCCCGCUUGCAAGUGGAGUCCUAUGUUUACAGGUUGCUCAGCAGCUCGUCCCUGCUGAGAUCUGUGGCCCUGCAGCAGCAAGAACAAGUUUCAAAGCAGUCAGAAAAUCUCUCUUCAGACUUGAGCCACUUGAAGGAAUGCAUCAGUGUCCUUUUCAGCUUCACUCGCAGGGUUAUUGAAGAUCCUCAGUUUCACAGUGACCUUCUCAUGUGGCUGCAGAGACUGGUAUCUGUGUUGCAGAGAAUUGGCUGUCCAGGUGACCAUCUCUUCCUCUUCAACCACAUCCUUCGGUGUCCAGCUGGCAUCAAUGAGUGGGCUUGUCCAUUCAUUCAGAUCAAAGUCUUGGGUAACCCAUCGGGUGUCUUUCAUUUCAUGCAGUCUCUUGCCUUGCUUAUGUCUCCUGUCAAAAAUCGCGUGGACUUUAUGUGCCAUAUGAAACCAAGUGACAGGAAAAGUUCCUCUUCAUCUGGGAUGGAAUCUGGGAACUGGACUCUGGUAGAUGAAGGAGGAGAAGAGGAUGAGGAUCCUGAAACAAGCUGGAUUCUACUCUUGGAAGAUGACUUGAUUGCUCUGUUGUCACAGUUCCCAUUUCAUGAACUCUUUCAGCAGUUUCUCGGGUUUACGUCUGAAGGUGCUUAUUUUCCUGAAAAAACAUCUCCCCAGAAGAUGAUGAAGAUUUUUGCCUUUGCAAACUCCUUAGUGGAACUUCUGUCUAUGGGGUUGGAAACGUUUAACAGAGCACGGUACCGACAGUUUGUGAAGAGAAUUGGUCAGCUCAUCAAGAUGACACUGUGUCAUGUGAGUGACCACUGGGCCCAGUAUGUUAGUGGCAAUAAACAAUAUGGAUCAGUAGAACACCCCUACUCUGUGGAAAAAUUGCAACUGGAGUUUGAUGAGCUGUUUUUUAGAGCUGUUCUACAUGUUCUGAAGGCAAAAAGGUUGGGAGUCUGGCUGUUCAUGUCUGAGAUGCCUUAUGGAACCUUGUCCAGCAACAUGCUUUGGAGGCUCUUCUUUGUCAUGCAUUGUGCUGAGAGCGAGCAGCUGGAGCAGCUCUGCUCUACUCUUCAGCCUGCUGACUACAAGCAAAGACUCAAAGAUCCAGAGCACCUUGCACAGUUUGAAAAGUAUCUUCAAUCAAUGAACUGCUCAGAAGAAAUCUGUCUUCUCACCACAUUUGCUCAGAUGGCACAAACCAAACGGGCUGAUGUUGAUGAGGAUUUUAUCAAAAUUGUUGUUCUGGAGAUAUAUGAGGUGUCCUAUGUUAGUCUUUCCACAAGAGAGACGUUUUCCAAGGUUGGUCGAGAACUCUUGGGAGCCAUUGCCAGCAUCCACACACAGAUUAUUUCUGUACUGCUGGAUCGGAUUAGAGAGACCAUUGAGAAAGUGGGGAUGGUUUCUUUAUAUCUGUUUAAAGAACUACCCUUGUACCUGUGGAAGCCUUCUUCAUCAGAGAUAGCCCUGAUCCGUGACUGGUUGUUAAAUUACAGUCUGACAACAGUGGAGAAUAAACUGGCUUGUAUUAUCUUGGAAGGGCUGAACUGGGGAUUUGGUCAGCAUCAGAAUACUCUACACCUGGAUCCAGCUGUCCAUUCUGAAGUUGCAUUGAUGGUCCUGGAAGCGUACCAGAAAUAUCUCUCCCAAAAACCGUAUACUGGGCUGCUUUCUGAAAGCAUAAAACAGGUCUCCUACCUGGCCAGCAUCGUUCGCUACGGGGAAACACCGGAGACUUCCUUCAAUCAGUGGGCCUGGAGUUUGAUUUUGAGGCUGAAGCUGCACAGGAAUGACCGUGGGGUGCAGCAGAGCGGGCUGGCUGUUCCCGUGUGUGACAGCGCGCUGGACACGGCCGAGUCGGUCACGCUGCACCCCCUGCUCAAGGCUGUGAAGGCAAACAUCCCCAUUGGCUGCUACCUGGCACUGGCAAUGACCACCCUGGGCCACAGCAUUGAGAAAUUCUGUGCUGAAGGGAUCCCUCUUUUGGGUGUACUAGUCCACUCUAGACAUUUGAGAACAGUAGUCCAUGUGCUGGAUAAAAUUUUACCCUUGUUUUACUCUUGCCAGUACUACCUCCUGAAGAAUGAACAGUUUUUAUCUUACGUGGAGCUGUUCCUUCAUCUGGAUAGUGGAGUCCCUCAAGGAGUGACCCAACAGGUUACCCAUAAAGUGACACAGCACUUGACAGGAGUGAACUAUGGAGAAAAUGUUAAGCUGCUCAGUAGUAUGAUACAGACUCACAUUUUUGUAAGCGACCAUCCAAAUGGAGUGGGGCCAGCUGCAGUCCUGGAGUUCUGGGUGCAGGUCCUCACCAGCCAGCAGCUGUGGCACAGGGACCGGGCCACGCUCUGCCUGCUGGAUGACUUGUGCAAAGCUGCUUUCCAGUACAGCCAAGAGGACUGUGUGCAAAAGCUGCUUUACCAGCAGCACAAGAAUGCUUUGGGCUAUCACUGUGACAAGGGUAUGCUGUCUUCACUGGUGAGCUGGAUCGUGGCAGGCAAUGUCACACCAUCCUUUGUGGAGGGCAAUUCCAACUCCUCCCAGGUCUGGUUUGCAUGGACAGUGUUAAAUAUGGAGUCAAUAUUUGAGGAAGAUUCACAGCUUCGCAGAAUUGUGGAGGGGGAGCUGGUUAUCAAUGCUUUAACUCCUGAUCAAGCUUUGAAGUUAACCUGUGACAGCCUGUUACAGCACCACACUUGUCUGGAAAUGUUUCUGCAGAAAGCCCAGACCCAGCUGAAGCUGCCCAUCGUCCCUUCCCUUCAGAGGCUGAUGAUUUACCGCUGGGCUCACCAGGCCCUUGCCACCCCUGCAGACCACCCUCUAAUGCCACUGAUCUGGCAGAAAUUCUUCCUCCUGUACCUUCACCGACCAGGACCACAGUAUGGAUUGCCUGUAGAUGGCUGUAUUGGAAGACGCUUUUUUCAGAGUGCAGCUCAUGUUAACUUGCUAAAUGAGAUGAAGAAGCGGCUGACAGAGGUGGCAGACUUCCAUCAUGCUGCCAGUAAAGCACUGAGAGUGGAGAGUCCUGAGAGCAGUGACAGGUCACCAGAGAAGGCCAGCUGCUCACCUCAUUACCUGACUUCACCUGAGCUGCAUAAGGAACUUGUCAGGCUUUGUAAUGUUUUAAUUUUGUGGUUGGAAGAAGAGAGUUUCCAGAAAGGAGAUACGUACAUUCCCUCUUUACCAAAGCAGUAUGAUGCACACAGACUUGCUAAAGUCAUGCAGAAUCAACAGGAUCUGUGGAUGGAGUAUGUCAAUGUGGAACUCAUACACCAUGAGUUUCAGGAGGCUCUGAACCUUUGGCUGCAGGUUCAGCUUGAAUCACAUACAACCUGUGCUUCUGCAGGGAAAACAGAUUUCACCAACCCUUUGUCAGCCAAAGUGAGGAUUAUGAAUAAUUUGAAGAAGCUUGAUACUCCCAAGCCCCCUCUGCCGCUGCAGACGAUGAAAGCCCCUGUGCCAGUGAUUUCCUCUGCCACUCUCGUGAGUCAGAAAGACGCGAUCCAGCUCAUGCGCAAGGACCUGAACAUCUUGCAGCAACACGCCAAAACUGCAGCUCUCUGUGAGUCUCAGCAUGUUGCUCUGAACAGUGAGAUCCUGGACACGGUGCCUAAGCUGUAUGUCAACAGGGAGGAGCAGAUCACCCUCCACCUGGAAUGCCGGGGAACUUCAAAUAAAGAGUGCCAGGGAGCAGCUCAGCUCACUAUACAGUUUGAAGGGAAGCACAAAAAUGAAGCAGUGAGCCAGCAGCUUCACGCUUUGCGUAAAGAAGUGAGACAGCUGCAAGCAGAAGCCAUGAAGCCACCUUCCCUGGGUGUUGUGGAAGCAGCUGUACACGUGGAGAAUUUCAUAACGGCUCUGAUAAAUAUCUACAAGGUGCAGCCUAUGCCUGCAAUCAAGAAAGUUGGAAUUGGUUUGUUUUUCACAUUGGUAGAGUAUGUGUGUGAUGAAACUCAACGAAAUCCUCCCACAAGGCAGUUCUUCACGUCCUGCAUUGAGAUUCUGGGCCAAGUGUUCAUCAGCGGGACCAAAUCAGAGUGCAAGCGUCUGCUCCAGACGAUCCUGCAGAAUCGGAGGCUCUGUACUCUCCUUUCUCCUUACUUCACUCCUGUUGCCUCUCCCAGUGAAUUUGUGGCUUUAUACGAAAAAGUUGUGGCCUUUCUGAGUGAGGAUAACAGUGAUGUUGUCUUCAUGCUGCUGACAAAGUUUGACCUCACACAGUGGCUGAGUGUGGCCAAGCCACCUCUCUCAGAGCGCACCCAGCUCCUGGAGUCCAUUCACUUGGCUCUCAAUGCAUGUGGCCUGGAACCUGAAGAAGAUAUUUUGAUGCCAUUUAGUAUCUUCUGCAAGCAUUGGACUAACCUUCUCCAGUAUCAGUUCCCUGAUCAUUACAGUGAUUUCUUAAGGCUGUUUGUGCAGAGCUCAUCAGAGCAGCUCCUAAGCCCUGACUGUUGGAAGGCAUCACUUCAAGCUUUGGGAUGUGAUUCAGCAGUGACUGAACAGGGCAGUUUCAAUAAAAGUGAUUCUGCUGAAGGUCCUGUGGUGAGGGAUGCUGCAAAAUCUCUCCUCUCCACAGAGCAGGUCAGAGAGACAGUAGAGUGGCUUUCUACGUCCUUCUGCAAACUCCGACUGGCCUCGGUGGACUUCAGGACUUUUGGCCUGUUUUCAAAAUGGACUCCUUACGUGGCUGAAGUGAACACAUUCCUGAAGUAUCUCAUUAAGCGACUGAUUGACACUGAAGUUGCUAAUUUAGCCCAAGAGCCUGUUGGCAGUAGCAGAAUUUUAGCAGCAUUGCAGUCCUUGUAUUCAGUCAUUGCUGGACUCUUUAAACCAUGGAUACUGGUCUUGGAGAAAGAGGAUGCAAGUAGCCAGCCCUGCUACCCUUGGUUGGAGAGUGACACUCCUGUAGCCUCCACUGUGGUCUGUUUGUUUGCAGAUUGCAUCAAGCUCUUGCAUGAGAGCUUCAAAGAAAAGCUGUUGCCAAGCCACCAUGGGGCUCUCUGGUUACACCUAAUGCAUUACUGUGAGUGUUGCACAGCCCCCAAAAUGCCAGAGUUUAUUCUCUAUGCUUUCCACACUGAAUUCAGAAAGCUUCCAUGGAAGGAAAUGCAUCCAGACCAGAUGCUUAUGGAAGAGUUCUUUAAAAUUGAAAGAGGCAGCCCCAAGAGUUGUUUCUUGUUCUUGGGUUAUGUUUUAUGUGAAGUAAACUGGGUCAGUGUCCUCUCUGAUGCCUGGAAUCCCAACCCUCACCCUCAGACUCACAGCAUGAUUGUCUGUUUGCUGUAUAUGAUGGUCCUGUUGGCAAAGGAGGAACAGCUUAUAAGCGAAGAGGAAUCUCCACUCAUAAAUCUUCUUGGACAGACCAGCUCCCUUCCUUGGCAGCUUGUGGGCAUUUCAUCUUAUGAAAGCAUCAUCAGCUACUGCAACAGUCACUACCCUCCCUCCGUUAUCCUUGCUAAGGAUGCUGGAGCUGAACUGAUCGUGAAGCUCCUGAAGAUCUCAGCAGGCUUUGGGGCAUCUUCUGAUAGUCACAUCCACCUUGAUGCAACACUGAAGUGCCGAGCGUAUAUUCGCCAGGUGGUUCAGUUCCUCAGCACCUUAGAACAAAGUGGAAAGAUAACCCUUGCAAUUUUGGAGCAAGAAAUGGCCAAGUUGCUAGAUGAUGUAGUCAUCUUUAAUCCCCCAGACAUGGAUCUGCAGACGCGUCACCUGGCCCUCAGCAGCCUGUUCACGGAGACGCUGAUGAUGCUGAACAACUCCAGCAUCACCACGGCCGAGUCUCUGCGGGGCAGCCUGCGCAGGUGGAUCGACAGCAGGGUGCAGGGGCUGCUGGCCAUGCCCCUCCUCACAGCUGCAUGCCACAGCCUGGCCUCCGUGCGCCACAUGGCCGAGACCACCGAGGCCUGCAUCACUUCCUACUUCAGCGACGAUUCCCCUCACCACCGGGAGUUAGGCUGGGGCCCUAUACUUGCUUCCCUCCAAGUUCCUGAGCUAACCAUGGAAGAAUUCCUGCAGGAGUGCCUGUCUUUAGGAAGUUACUUGACCCUCUAUGUCUACCUGCUGCAAUGCCUGAACACUGACCAAACCCUUACCAAUGAAAUGAAAAUCCUGCUGACCAUCAGCAAAUGGCUGGAGCAAGUGUACCCCAGCUCAGCAAAGGAGGAGGCAAAGCUGUUUCUCUGGUGGCAUAAAGCCAUGCAGUUAUCCUUGGUGCAGCUGGAGCAAGAUGACCCCGUUCUGAUUGAAUCUGUCAUCCGGACCCUGCUGUCCAUCCAGGGCCGGCAGAGCCAGCUGGCUGAAGAGAGACUCACUUCUGGAAUACUUGGUGCUAUUGGCUUAGGCAGGAGGUCUCCUUUGUCACCCAGGUUCCGGGUGGUCGCCCGCAGUUUGUCCACCUUCCUCCUGGUGCAGAUCCCUGCAGAGAGCCAGGUGCGCCUCAAGGCUGGCUCAGAGCCCAGGCUGUCUCAGAAGGCCCAGCAGGCACUGAGUGCUCUUGAAGCCAUGUCAUCCAACAAACAAUACAUGGAUUACCAAGAGCAGCUCUCCCAGGCCUCUCUGUUCAUCAAGCACCCUGAGCACUGCCUUCAGGAUGGCAAUAACCUCCUGUCCCUCCUGGUGAACACGCUGUACCCAGAAGUGCAUUUUUUGGACAGCAUUCGGUAGCGGCAUGCGGGGGCCGGCGGUGGCUCUGGUUUACAAAUAGUGUCCUUAUUGCACAAAUGAUUUUUACCUUCAGAGUUCCACUUCAGUUAAGUCAGACCUGUGAAUUAGAACUGCACACUGUCAAGUUUUCUCCACUUGAAGGUUUUCUUGCUUUCCUUUUGAUUUUUAGGCCUGUGGAAUUGCUUAAUGGUUUGCGUUUUGGGGUGUUUUGUUUUGUUUUUUUGACUGAAAGCACUUGAAUAUUUUCUCUGUGUGGUGCCCUUUGGAGGGAAGGGUGCCUGGGGAUAGAUGUACAAAUCACUAGUCAGCACAGCUCAUUCUGUACUGUCUGAAGUUUUUGCUUUGUGCCUUUUUUUCUUUUCCAGUGUGUCAUCAAUUAGGCCAGUUCAAAAGUGAGUGGAGGAGUGUGUAAAAGAGGUUUGACUUUCUUAACUGGGAUACCUUUGAGUCUUACCUGAUGAGUGUGUGUCUAGCAAUUUUUGUGAAAUCCCUGUAUUUGAAAAGAUGGUAUUUUAAAUCUUGACUUUUUUGCUAUUCCACAGAAAUCUGUAGUUUAGAGGCAUGCCUACAGUCUUUACCCACUUCCGUAAAUACCAACAAAAAUGGGAACUAAGAACAUUGUUUUUUCCUGUUUUCAAAAUAUUAGUGUGUCUGCAUCUAUAUUUCUUGAUUAAAUGGAAGUAACUUCUAGCCACAUUCAAGGGGAUUUAAAUCCAGAGACAUAUGUUCUGGAUCUCCAGUGUCUGAGAGGAGAACAGUCAGUCAUGAUCAUGUUAAAUAGGAUUCCUUAAUUCCUAAGUCUGGUUGUUUAGGAGGGGUUUAAUAACCACCACUUAAGCUUAUUUUCUUCUGCCUGGCUGGACAUGACAUGACAGGAUUUUAGAUGACGCUGUGAAGAGGUAUUUUUGUUGUAUUAAAUUUGGUGAUCACUUGUUAAAAUUCUGUUGCCAAAGCAUGAACCAUGAGCCUGUAAAUCUGUUGUUUCAGCUGAAUGAUCACUGCUUUUGUUGCCUUGUCUGAUCAUCGGAUGCACUUUUGUUUAGGGAAAGCAGAAGGCAAAUUUUUCCUGGUGCUUGUUUGAUGUCCCUUUAAUCACUGAUCUGUUUGAGCUGGCCCAAGGUCCUGCAGUCCCAGUCCCUACGGCUCUAUGAAGGAACUGACCACUUUUUCCCUUCCUCCAUUAAUUGUGCCUUUGUGUUUUUGACAUGGUUGCACGUUGAAACAUGAGUUCUGGUCAAUAGGGGAUAGAAAUGUGCUACCUACUGUCUGGUCAAUGAUGCUUUGAGCUGUUGCUCUUAAACCGUGGUUCUGGUGCUAGAGGACAGAUCACCUUUUCCUUCUUGGCAGAUUCUGCUAAUUAUGCCAGCUGGGUCAUUAGAUCACCGUCAUUUUAAUGUGGUCUUAGAGUUCUUUGCUCUAUCUGCGAGCCUAUAAAUAAAUAUAUAUAUGUACAUCCCUCUGUAUAGUAACCAGAUACCAAUGCAGCAUGGUUUUUAACAGACUUUUUGAAAAUUCAUGUCUGGAGGAAUACAUUCUGCUGCUUUUCCCCCCCAAAGACUUAAAAGCACUGGGUUUACUAGGCUCAAUGUUAUUGAUCAGUUGCAUAUAAAUGUGAAAAAGUCAGAAAUACGUGUUUGAUAUGCACUUUCAAAAUGAGGAAUUGUUUCAGCUGUUGAGUUUUUACAGAUGUUGUAUUUAUAACAUGUUCUGUCUGCAAAGACCAUGCAAAAUAAAAACAGAAA